CUGCAUUCGGAGAUGAGGAGCGAGAUGAAAGGGUGAUAAAUAUGUUAGCUUAUGCUGGGUUCAUGGGGGUAGAGCACGUUGCCCGUAUGAAGGUGGAUCAUAGUUUAAUAUGCGCUUUGGUGGAGAGAUGGAGGCCGGAGACACAUACUUUCCAUCUUCCAUUCGGUGAGGUUGGCAUUGGUCUACAAGAUGUGGCGAUGAUACUUGGUUUGCCCAUUCGAAGUAUGCCCCUUAGUGGUCCUACCAUUAAGGAUAAGGCUCAGUGGAUCGACCUGUGCACGCAGUCGUGUGGAUUCACUCCUCUAGAAACUCAUAUGCGCACGAGUGAUAUCACCAUGAGUGCUGUUACCCGUCACCUGAUUAUACCUGACAGUACAGACGAGGAGGUCACCCAACACACCAGGACCCUAAUAUGGCAAUUGCUUGGAGGGUUUUUGUUCCAUGACACGAGUGGGACAAGAAUACGAUUGUACUUUUUGGAAGUCUUGCAGGGUGACUUGGCUUUAGCCCGUCGAUGGAGUUGGGGAUCGGCGGUUCUCGGGUACCUCUACCAUAACUUGUGUAACGGCGCCAAGUGGGACACCAAACAAGUUGGCGGCUGUAUGCACUUGUUACAGAUUUGGGCUUGGUCGAGGAUUUCAAUGUUACGUCCCAAAGUACUUCAGGUCAUUCAACAUGACCAUCUUCCAUAUGGGUGCAAGUGGAUCGUCCCCAAAUCAUUUAAGGGAUCCCCGAGACAUUGCAUACGCUUGUACCGGGAUAACCUAGACCGCAUGAGUGAGAGUCAGUUUGAUUUCAUUCCCUACGCGUUCGAGACACUUCCACCUCUCAUCCUUAAUGAAGCUCCGCUUUGGUCGGCUAGGGUUAAGCUCCGCUUUGGUCGGCUAGGGUUAAGCUCAUAUUUUGCAAUAUGGCCGAAAUGCAUUACCCCGAUCGAUUUCUUCGGCAGUUCCAUAUAAGGCAAGAUAUUCCGGAUGCUCCUUUAACAGGUACUGAUAAUCACGGAAAUCGUUCCAACAUAGUAACCGGUGCCUUGGCGAUGUGGGCGAACAUACACGAUCACAUAUAUUUUCUUGAUUAUGGUCAACUUAUGUUCGUCGAAGCAACUAAUAGGUACCGAAAAUGGUACAACAAGCAUGGUAUGACACGUGUCCAGAACCCUUCUCACAAUGUGCCCACGACAGGCUACACCCCGACAGCACACGAUUGGGGUAUUGUGAAACAAGGUGUUCACGAGAUGUAUCAGCUCAUAGCCGAUCGCGCGAGUUAUGAGGACUUACACAAACGACUACAGCAGAUGGCCCUGGACGUAGGUAAUGAAGAGAUGCUCCACCAGGGCAUAUUCCAUUAUGAAGAUGAAGAUGAAGGUGGAAGUGACGAAGAGGAUGAUGCAGAUGAACAUGAAGGUGGGGGUGAGGACUCACCAUCGCUCCCUCAAUUCUCAACACAUGGUGUCUCAUUUGAUCAACCACCCCCUAAUUUCUCGACGCAUCAA